UCACUUCUGUGUAUACAUUUUGUAAACAAAGCCAAAACAAAGAUGGAUUCAUCAAAAGGUUUCAUCUAAAAAUAUAGUCAGAUCGAAUAACCAAAUAGCACAAAUUGUAAUCGGUGUCAUACAGUUCGCUGACUUAGGUAUUGGUAUAAUUAGAUACAGCAUUUACAUGUCGUUGUUUCGAGCGAUAUUGACUUUUAUUUCCAAGUUACACAGCGAUUAGAAUUGUUUUUCUGCAUCGACGUUGGAGGGCUGCUGUUCAUUCCUACUCGCUAGCUACCCAGCAGGCUAGCUAAAAAGACAACUUAUUUAGCAAGACACGUACAAAUAUUUGUUUUUGUUGCUUAUCUUGCUGUCCUGUUAGCUAGCUGUCCUGUUCGUAGUGGGGGUUGUGUGUGCUGGUCCAGUUCAAUGGGGAACUGUUUGUCUUCGCAAGGCGCCGACGACUUGUCUCUCCUCAACGAGUCCCAGGAAGCCAGUGUUCCAGGGGAGCCUCCACCGCCUUACCAGGAGCGUGUCCAGGCGCCAGUGUACCACCCCACCCCGAGUCAGACGUGCCUGGCCAGCCAGCUGACAGAGGAGGAGCAGGUCCGUAUCGCCCAGCGGAUUGGCCUCAUCCAUCACCUCCCCAGAGGCAUCUUCGACCCCGGCUCUGAGCCCUCUGACAAGAAAGUCAAAGAGUGUGCGAUCUGCAUGAAUGACUUUGAGUACGGCGACCCCAUCCGGUUCCUUCCCUGCCUGCACAUCUACCACGUGGACUGCAUCGACACCUGGCUGAUGAGGUCCUUCACCUGUCCUUCCUGUAUGGAGCCUGUGGAUGCCGCCCUGCUCUCCUCCUAUGAGACCAACUGAACUGGUCUCAUAGGAGACCAGUUCACUCAUCUGAGCAGUCUCUGGCUGGGUCCUGUUCAUUAGGCCAAACAGAAGAAAACUGAUUAAAACAAGGAGGGACUUGACCUGGACUUGUCCAAUAAGAAAUGCUUGUUCAAUUUUUUUCAGUUGCAAAACUAUUCCCUAUAUAAUGUACUACUUUUCACCAGAGCCUUAUAGGCCCUAAUCCAAAGUAGUGCAUUAAAUAGGGAAUAGGGUGCACACAAUCCUAGAAACUUCCCCUCUAACAGAGGUGCCAAACACCCUUAUGACACAUCACUUCUUUACACGGAUGUUCUGUUCUAGUCACACAGCCCUGGGAGGAGAGAUGGUUUGUGUCAAAAUAUAUAUAUAUUUUUAAAUGUAACCUUUAUUUAACUAGGUAAGUCAGUUACGAACAAAUUCUUAUUUACAAUGACUGCCUAAACCGGCCAAACUCGGACGAUGCUGGGCCAAUUGUGCGCCGCCCUAUGGGACUCCCAAUCACGGCUGGUUGUGAUACAUUCUGGAUUCGAACCAGGUUGUCUGUAGUGACGCCUCUAGCACUGAGAUGCAGUGUCUUAGAUCAUGGCACCACUUGGAAGCUCCAUAUGUAGGGCGUGCCACACUGAGUAUGUUGAAAGUGGGGUGUUCUACUCUGUAUUGGGGCUUUUGGAAUUAGGAACGUCUGUCUCUUUCGCCUUUUCAGACUUGUUGCCAAAUACAUCUUAAGUGAAGUGAAGGAUAUAGAUGGAGAACUUUAGAAGUCAUGAUGAGAGAUAUUAUUGACAACUGAUUUCACCUUUGGAUGAUCUGAGGGUGGUAGACUAGGGAUUGUCCCAUUAGUUUAGUUUAUGUAGGCUGGUCUUGGAUCUGUUAGUGCUGUCUUCUUGACAACAACUGAUAAGACAGCACAACAACUGGCACGACAGCACAAACAGAUCUAUAUCUUUAUUUAUGUGGUUGGUUUAUUUUAAUUCCCUUUUCAAUUAUCCUCCUCCAGACUAAAAUGUGCAAUAUGAUGUGAGGAAGUGCUAGAAUUGCACCGUUCUGAUUGGUCAAAAGAAGGUGACCCCCGACCUUAACACUGCUGUCUCAGCCAAUUAGCUUUAAGACGGAUAUGGCCUUGAAUGUCUCUCAAAAAAGCACAGGGCUUUUGACUAGAAUGCAAUUUUUUUCUAAUUAAAGGGCAAUCAUAGAGAGAGAAAAAAGUUCACAAAGUAAUGAGAUAUGAGAAUAAGCUAUGAGGUCUCCAUCCCAUGCCGGUCUAGUAGGUUACUUCAUGACUUACCACUGGCCUCAUACCUUUAUUGGAGAUGUUACUAGUGGCCUCAUACCUUCAUUGGAGAUGUUGGAUUUGUAUCUAUGUUGUUUUACAGGGUGGGUUGUUGUAGCUGUUAGUUAGUCUGGUUCCAGAUCUAUUUGUGCUGUCUUGCCAAGGUGGCGAGCCUUACUAGGCUAGCUCUUAGUACCUUAAACUGCAUUUUCACCUUGGAUCUUUUUCCUUACAAAGCUUUGCCUUGACUGUGCUGUCUUACUCUUAUGAGAUCAUGGUUUGUUGUUGUUGUUGUUCAUUCUUAUGUUUACUGUUAGUGAGUGACUUUUGCGUCCAAAAUGGCACCCUAAUCCCUAUAUAAUGCACUACUUUUGAGCAAAGCACGAUGCAGGAACUGGUCAAGAGUAGUGCACUAUGUAGGGAUUAGGGUGCCAUUUUGGACGUAGACAAAAAUGCUGUGCUGUCAUCUAUCCCCGAACUCUAUGCACCAUGGGAUCUCCUCUGGUACCGUGUAGGUCUGGGACUGUAUUCACAAAGAGUCUUAGAGUAGGAGACCGUUUUGCCUUUUGGAUCAUAGUUAUAUGGACUCCUAGUCUUUGUGACUACAGGCCUUGAAUCAGGACGGAGGAAAUAUCUUGUUUGUUCUCCUUUUCCCUCUUCCUCCUUCUAUUUCUCCUACUACUCACUCUAUUGUCUCUUUGAAUAACUUUAUUGUAGAAGUGUUUGACAAGAGAAAAAGAGAAUGAAUACGUGUCAAAAUAUAAUUGACACUGUUUUGGAAACUGUGUGUAAAGGUUGUAUCUAGAGUGUUUUCCAAUGUUUUCAGAAAAUGUGUUUGUGAAUAUAGAUCUGUUUUUUGUAUUGUGGUGAUGAUCUAUUCUACAUGAUUGAAUUCCAGAGACUUUUUAAACUGCUUUGGCGAUUUGAUUAUUGGACUAAAAUGAAUAGGAAACUAUUAUUGAUUGACUGUGGUUUGAUACUAACAAAGUAAGGACAAUGAGAGAGGGUACAGACUCAAACUGAGGAGAAUAGAAUGGAUAAUGAAUUGAACCCAUUCAGAAUGGAACUAUCUGAUCGUGGACAUUACUGUGGUGAAGUCAAAACCAGGACCGCAUUUGAAAUGUACCCUCAUCACCAACUCUUAAGGUGAAAGUGGGGAAAAUAUAACUGCUAUUCAGUCCUAGACCUAUGGCCUUUUAGGUGAAAGUGGGGAAUAUAUGACUGCUAUUCAAUUCAGUCCUAGACCUAUGGCCUUUUAGGUGAACGUGAGCCAACUCCUGUGAAGUACAAUCAUUUCUGAUACUCGUGUCAUUGUUUUAGUGCUCCUUGAAGCUGGAGAUGGAGAGUGUGUCUACUAAAAGAAGAAAAUUAUUAGUCAGAAUGUUCCUGGCUGCUGUUUCUGGGGUUUGUAAUGUGUGUGCAGUGAGGACUCAGCUUUUAGGAAAAACUACAAUAAAAAGUGGAUGCCAAAUCGAA